AUGGAUUUAAUGUUGAAUUCAUACGAAGCAGAACAGUUUUUUGUGCAGACAUGACCAAAGGAUCCAUAGUUUCGAGCAAUGACCCGAAUGGACCGGAAAUAGUCGAAACCUUGAAGAAUGUUGAACAAUCUGGUUGCCAGGGAAACCUUAGCAACUUGCCUGAUUUAAAUUUGUACAAAGAUAAUGUUCCUGACAUUAACAUUGCUGAAUAUGUUCAAAAUCUCCCGGAAUUUGUUAGAAAUAAAAUAGCCGGAUUUUUUGGAACAGGGGUUAUUGAACAAGAAACAGUUGACAUAGAAAACAUAGAACACUAUUUAGUUGUUUCACGGCACUGUAAUCAUCUUAAAUCAGUUUGCGAAUCAAAGUUACUGUCGACACUUAAUACUGUCAACUGCCAGCACUAUUUGGCCAUAGCAGAACAGUAUGGUUUGGGAUUGCUACAAACCAGUGCGCAUCAGAUGUACAAAAACAAUCUUUUAAAUGGUACACAUCCACCACUCAAAUCAACGGACCUAACCUGGACACCGCAAUCCCAGACAAAGAAAAAUUCCUGUAAAAGCUUCAAUGCCAUCUUUACCUGCGAUACAACAAGCGUAAAACGCGUGUUAACUACUGUAGUUUUGGAUUCAACAAAACAUGUUAAAUGUUACAGAAAUAUAAAAAAGGGGGACAAAAUUAGCAAACAGUUUCAGUGUUGUUGUUUGCAAGAUGCUGAAGACCACCCGCCAUAUGUGUACUGGUCGUUUGGAAAAUGUUUCUUCAGAUAUGACCCAGUACUGAAUAAAUAUAAAAAGCUUUCAACUUUUCGCUAUAGUCGCUCAAAGUUCAGUUUAAUUUCGCACAAUCAAUGUUGCUUUGCAAUCGGUGGAACAUCAGACGGCAAAACGGUUCGUCAAAUUGAAGAGUACAAUGUUUGUCAAAAGUCGUGGAAAACUGUGUCCAAACUUCCGGUCGAGUGUCAAAUGUCAUAUUCAGCCUGCGUUUUAUAUGACAGCCAAAUUUACAUCUUUUCUGCAGCAACAUAUAAAGAUGGUUGCAGCCAAAACAGGACAGUGGUUUGCGUUUUUGACCCGGUGAAAAAGAACACAGACAUCGUUGCUGAAAUUCUAUUAUCGUUUACUCAAAUUAAAGCUUGUGUUUUUGACUCACAAAUCUAUCUGGCUUCAGACGACGGAGAUUUUAUUCGAUUUGAUCCCAGUAACAAUUGUUUUGUGAGGUGUCAAAAUCAAAUUAUGAAAAGUAAAGACUUUGGGAUGUACACAGACGAUGAUUCCAUUCUCCUUGCAGGAGGCUGUAAUAGUGAUGGGAAGUGCAAUAAUGCGAUCCGGAAGUUCUGUCCCGUUUCUGGUCUGUGGACGAGACUCUCUGCAAAAUUACCAGACUGCAUGGCGGUUUAUGGAACUUGUAAUAUAAAAAUACCGACGACUUGUUCCAUCAUACCGUUCUAUGAAACAAAACUUUUUGAAAUUCCCGCAAAGUGAAAAUGUUGAUGCCAUUUGAAGUGAUUGUUAUUGUUUUGUUUGAUGUUUUGAUUGUUAUUAUUUUGAAAUAUUAUUAACAUUAAAUGUUAUGGAGUACAA